UACAGGCGUCACCGCGGUAGCAGGCACCCGGCCUCAGCCCCACAGCCACACAUCAGGGCACAUUCCAGAAUACAGCCUCCAAACAGGGCAGCAGACCGCCCCCAAGAACUGUCUGACUCGUUGGGAAAGAGAGACAGACUUCCAAUUCCCCAAAGAUCAAAAUUUGGGAAUUGGGCUAUGGAGAAACGGUCAGUCUUUCAAUGACCAGCAGACAGACGAUGGCAGCGCCCGCGGCCUGUGGUGGGAAACGAGGCCCCACGAGCCCCAUGUGGCCCUGGGAGGCUAAAUGUGCUGGCUUUAUGGCUAAUUUCCUGAAGGAAAAAAUCAGGAUAAUGUUUUUGUUUUUCUUCUUUUAAGAUCUUUUUCUUUUUUUGCGUCAUGCCUAAGUUUGGCCAGACCGCGGCCUGGCAUGGCUUUUUCAACCAGUUUGGCCUGGACCUGGACAGCCCUGUCUGGGCGCAUCUUUUCCAGCUCAGGCUGUUUUCCUUCUCCGGUGGCUUUGGCCUCUGCGCCUGGUCCGGGCUCUGUGGCUCCCGAGGAGGCACCAUUUCUGGGGGGCCUGUGCCCUGUGCCCACCAGGUCUUCGCUUGAAGCUGUUACUUUGCUUUCUGGGAGAACGUUCGGGGUUGAACUUCUCUGUGCCUCCUCUGCCUGUGUGUGUCCAGCACCCUGUCUGCAUCCAGUGUCCCCUCCCCAGCUGCAUCUCAGUCUCCCCCUGGAGGCCAGUCCCCCUGCAUCCAAACAGAUGUUUCCACAAACUCUUCUGCUCACGUGGAAGGACGCUCUCCUUCGAGUCUUCAGAGUGAAGCUCCCCCAUCCCCCGUGGUGUGGAACUUUCUCGUGGGCACAGCGUCACUCUCUCAUUUUCUCCUCCCCGUCUGAGGCGUGCUGUCUCCAGCCCGUGUUUCCCUUUGGACAGGUGGUGGGCAGCACGCACCUGAGCCGCCUGGGGCUGGAGGCUGACGGUUCCUGGCCGCCAGAGAGCAGAACCUGCCCAAGAGGCCCCGUGGCCUGCGUCCAGGAGCGUUCAGGGUCAGCUGGAGGCAGUGGGGAGGACCCGAUCCUUGACAGCGUCUGUGGAGGCCACCUUGGCCCAUUUGGGAAAGCCCAGCAUGUUGGUGCUUCUAGGGCCACUUCGCAUUUGUCCUCUCCGACCACUGCCAGUGGCCUUCGCUGUGUCUUCAUGCAUCUGUGCAGGAGCUGGGGGAAGGCACCCCGGGGGCCUUGGCCCAACAGCACUAACUCAGAAGCCUCUCAGAAGGUCAGGCACCAUUCACACAGCUGCAGCACCCCGGGAGGGAGACCCAGGAAGGGGGUCCGAGGGGGGCUCUGGGCAGAGGAACAGGGGUGAGCCCUUCCUGCAGCAGCUGCAGCUCAAAGGCUGGCAGAUGCACCUCUGCUGGGAUCCUGCCAACGGCCUCUCCAGCUUCAACCCUAACACGGUCUCAGGCACACUGUCCCUGGUUGUACCACCCCUUACUCAUGUGUCUGAUUCUGCAACAAGUUUAAACAGGAUUAUAAAGACAGGCUCAAUUAGAAAGAUUACCAGCUCCUCAGAACGCUCUAUUUAUAUAGUGUUCACAUCUUAGGAAGUUCUUAGUGUAGUCUCAUAAUUAUUUCAUUGGCUAUAUAGAGUUAAACAUUUCUGUUGAUUAUCAUGUAAGUAAAACCAACAUGCAGCCGUAGCUGUGACAUUAGCUACACAGCUUCAAUGUCAAAAACAUGAAACUUCAUUGAGCUUUAUUCAGUUGUUAUUGAGUAACUACCGAGAAAAUGAUGAAACACUAAAUAUCAUGUGAGGGAUCUGCUGGCAGGAAGGACGCAAUACUGAUUCCAAGACAGGAGGGAGCGUGGGAGGUGGGUGUGGAGGGAAGGACCGAGUCUCGGC